AUGGGACAGAAGGGACCAGGCCGUCCCACGAGAGGCGACCGGCCCCCUCCGUCGAGGGAGACGGCUUCUUUGAAGGGCCUUCCCUUCAAGCUGCCCCCGCUCCCCGCCCCCACCCAGCGCAUCUCUUCCCGCUCCGUUCAUUUACGCACAAAGGGAGACGAGACAGACGGAAACAUAAUGAGUUUCCCGGGGCUCGACUUGAAUGUCUUGCUCGACGGAGCGCCGCGGUGUUGGUUUUGUGGCGAAAUUGUGGCACCCGGAGGCGUCGCAGCCCCCGUCUCGUUGACUUUCGUCUCCACUGUUGCCUCCGAGGUCUCCGUCCUGUUCUGCUGUGAUCGCUCGGCGCCCCCCGGGGCAGACGGUGCUGCUGAUUUGAAGACUGAUGCGAAGUCUGCUGUGAAGUGCUGCUGAUGAGAAGUCAAGAAGCUGCUAAUCGUGAACAUUGUGUGUGCGGUGUUUUCAUGUGUUGGCAAGGUACUUUUCAAGAAAAACCGUAUCUUUUGAGGAGAAAUGUGGUGGUGGAUAACUAGAAAAGUUCAAUGUGUUUAAGUGUUUGCAUGUUGGUGAUUGAACCAAAGUUGGUGAAAGUGAGCAAAGGCGAACAGGGUUGACGUAAUUGAUUGUUUUUACUCAUAUGUAUAUCUGUAGUUUAAACGGCCAUGUUGUUGUUGGCGAUGUUUUGUUUUGUUGUUAUGUAACGCGUGGUGUUACACUUCACGUGUCUGUGACUAAAGUACUUCGUUUAAUCAAGUGGCCAAUAACAGCCAGUGAUUUGGUGUAACGGAAAAAACUGUAGAGAUGGUUAGAGUUGAAUGACUUUAAGAGUGGCAACAUGAAAAAAA